GUAGAGGGUAUCUUUUGCAAUUUACACAAACACAUCCGUUGUUCGUCAUAGUCGCCAAGCCAGCCCUGGACCGAGUCUGAGCACCAUUCCUCUUACCCUCAUCAAUUUCCGGUGGAAGCUCAAGCAAAAAGGGAUUGCAAUUUAGAUCAAUUUGUGAUGGCAAGUUCGAUAAACACUGCGGGAGAACCUAUUCCGACAUCGGCGGUGCUAAUGUCGGCAUCGAAGCACAUAGCGACCAGAUGCAGAGGUGAAAAUGUUGCCUUCCUCAAGUGCAAGAAGGACGAUCCCAAUCCCGAGAUAUGCCUCGAGAAAGGGAGACAAGUGACCCGCUGUGUUCUGUCCUUGCUGAAAGAUCUACAUCAGAAGUGCACAAAAGAGAUGGAUGCUUAUGCAGGAUGCAUGUACUACAAUACUGAUGAAUUUGAGUUAUGUCGCAAAGAGCAGAAGGAUUUUGAGAAAGCUUGCCCAUUAAGUUAAUUUAAGAGCAUUCUUGAUUAUAGAAUUUCAUGUUGCUCAUAAUAAAUCAUUCUGGUUGACUCUUUGACCCAGUUUUUCCCAUCUGAUGCUCUUUUUCAUGCAAUGUAUAAGAUCAAUUGAGUUCGUUUUUCUUCUUCUUC